GGAUAUUUGUGCUUGAGCAAUCUCAUUUUUGUUGGAACAAAUCUAUUCGAAACGGCAGAUCUUUUUUCUCAUUUAUCGCAUCUUAAGAUGAAUGUGCACAUAUUUAGAUGCGUAACAUCUUACAAACCAAUCAUUUCUGACCAGCUCAGAGCUAUCAAAUGCUGAUUAUUGUCCGGUCCAAUCGGAAACAGCACCAUUCUAAAACACAGUAAACGAUUUUAAGUUUCAAAUAGAAAAAACAAAAAGAGCACUACGAUGACAAAAGGCACAAAAAAGCGCAUAUCUAAGCUAAACGAGUAUAUAAAACGCAGAGAAUUUGUGAAGAUAAGAGAUUUAUUGAAAUUGUUGGAAGACGCGAGCCUGAGUGCUGAAGAGCACGAAAUGUUGAGAAAGGCUAAAACGCUGCUGAAGAAUCUCAUAAGAAUUGAAGUUAGAAAGUACUUGGCUGUCAAUAGGACGGUAGAAAGAAUGAAAAUAGAGAUAAUAAUGCGAAUGGAUGACGAUUUCAUUGCUGAAAUGCGCUCUGUGAUACGAAAUUCGAUGCUUAAAAGGUAUUUAAAUGAAUUUCAGACCAACAGCACAUGCCUGACCAAGCUAUCAAACAUUAAGGAAGCUCUCAACAACCUAUGUGAGAUGUUUGACAAGGUAAGAUUUGGAUGCAGCAACAUACCGAAAGAAUGGAACUUAGAAGGCGACUUUAUGUUUUAUUGCGUGUUGCACGUCAAGGAGAUUCUUUUCGAGUCUUACAUAGGAAAAUGGAGCACUAAGGAGUAUGUUGAAGCACUAAAGCAUAUUAUUGAGUUUGAAAAGAAGAACACAAAGUAUUACUUUUCCAAGGAAUGCUGUUAUGGCUACAAAGAAGGGGAAUAUGCCAAUAAAACGUGUAGUGGUGGAGAUAACACGUUGAAAGAGAGUAGGGAUAAUAGAUCGGCAGCAGAAACGGAGAGAAAAAGUAGCGUUAACGAUGUGAAAAACGUAAAGAGUACGAGUAGCAUGGGUAAAUUUGAGAGCUUAGUCGAUAAUAAGCCAUCAAUAGAUAAAAAACAUAGCGAUUCUAACGAACGAAAUGGUGAUAUUUCACGCAACCAGGACGACAUGAACUGUGCGAACAAAAAUUUGACCGGUGGAAUUGUCAAGGUCGAUGUUGUGAAGGCUGCCACGCAGCUAAUUCUUUUUGACAGAGACCAAGUUCUUACAUCCAAACCAAACAUCAAAACCAAUUUUAUCGUUCUCUAUGAUGCCAAGCAGAUCAUCGUAUCAGAUUUUUGCAGGCACAGAAAGAUGCUAUCGCACUUGUUGCUCCCAAACAUAAAUCUGCUCAUCAAUGAUCUGUUCCUCCCCGUUAAGAGAGUCGCAGUAAAUCAGAAAUGCGUAGAGAUGAACCUGAUUGCAUCUUUUAUUCAAUUUUUUAGAGAGUUGGGGAAUGUUUUGAUGGUUGUUCGGCACUUUGAAAGUGCAAGCGUGCACGAGUUGUUUAUACACGAGGCAAACAGCACACUUUGCAUGCUGCUGGCACAUGUAACUGUGCCUUAUAGCUACAAAGACCUGGUUGUCAUCCUCAACACUUUGUACUUCGUUGAGACCACUUUUUUAGAGCUUGUGGAGAAGAUAAGGAAGUGGGGAACUAUUGACCAUGAUGUUAGCACAUACGUGAGAAAACUGGAAAGCAAGGUCACCACUCGGAUUGAAAGCAUUUUGAAGGUUAUUUUUAGGCGAAACGUGAAAAAGAAAUUUGCGUUUUCAAAUGAGUUUAUAGAAAUGCUGAAAAAAGAGGUGCUUGUGUUGGAUAGGAUAGAGUUUAAUGAGAGCGUUUUUCAGUUUCUAUUUGAAACGCUUUUCUCGCUCCUUUUCAGCAAAAUGGUGAAAUUUAAGAUGGAGCCCCAGCUUGCCGAGCUGCUCAUUGAAGAAAUAGGAGAAAUAAGGCUAUUUCUUGAGGAACAAUGGCCAAAGCUGCCGUUGAUAGAUGUCAUGGAAAAUUACCUGAAAAUAUUUGUGUGCACCACCGAUAAUGUCACAGUAUUUGUUACGUGCUUUAACCAGCUGAACAACAACUUGUUUGAUUUCAAGAAUAUCAUUGAAGCACUCGAGGACUCUUCCAAAAACAAGCUCCUUGUACGAGAAUACGAAAAUCAAAAGAACAAAAUGAUCAAAUACGAGAGCUGCGAAUAGAAGUAUCAUACGCCAACAGAAAGGGAAAUAUUCUCAAGAUAAGCAGUUAAUUGGUCACAACGCCUUUAGUGUAGAUUUGCGGUAAAUGCUCACCUUAAAGGCGAUCGGAUUAAUCACUGUGCAAAACAUUCGGCACAGAAAAGCGAGCCUCAUUGAUUUCAAUGCGCCAAAAUCAACUUGCAAAACUUCUCAUUAAACCCGU